AUGGCACAAAAUCGAGCGCACAAAAAGCGCUCAAAGCUUAAAAGCUUUAGCAGUAGUCUAAAUCAAUCGAAAACAUUUUCAUCAGCAACAACAACAAUUACAACAGCAACACCAAGAAUUAUGUCAGCCGACAAAAGUCUGAGGUGUCAUAGCAAAGAACAAAACGCUCCCGCGCAAAGAAGAAGGUUAUCGUGUCGGUCGUCGUCGUCCGUUUCGGUAUCCGCGUCGUCUUCGUCCUCGUCGUUAUCAUUUUCAUUAUCGUCGUCGUCAUCGUCAUUAUGUCGCUAUACACUGAGAUCUCCGAAACACAUCAGCAGCAACAGCAAACAGCCUCCAAAUUUGCCCCCAAAGGCACAGUCAGUCAGUCCACAACACGAUGAGCAUGUUACGCCAGGAGCCGAUACCAACAACGCCCACAAACUUCCUACACAUGGCCUGUCAGCAGCAAAUGCAGCACGCAUGUUAGCCGGCUCAGGUGGUGCCAUUGGCACGAGCACCCCCACCAGCAAUGACAUGUCCCUGGUCUUGCCGCAUGACACCUACCCCGGCUUUAGUAUAAAACGUUUCAAAACCCGACCCAUCGAAGAGAGCACAAAUUACACCGACAGUCACCAUCACUCGGGGGGCCAUUUCAGCUAUCAGCAUGGUUCGUAUCAUAUGUUGGACAACGAAUAUGCCAAGUACUUCACGGUGCUGGAUGAUGGCGUGGUAAUGACUACAUCGGAUAUCUCACCUCUAGUCAAUCGCCCGGUGAAUUUGGUGGUGGUGGAGGAGACGCCCAACUCCACCCAGACCCACAAUAUCCAGCUGUAUGUUAUGCAUCGAAAUGACAUGUUACGUUUUCCCGGCUCCAUGUUGGAUGCCUCGGGUGAGGUGAAGGAAAACAAGCCAGCUGGGACACGAGUACGUGGUGUGCCUCUAAUGCAAGCCUUUAGCAAUGGUGAUGUGGAGGCGGAACCCAAGAAGGUGCGUUACUCCAUCAUUGGUGGCAAUGAAGAUGGUGCCUUUGCCCUGCAAAGUCGCAAUGCCAAACAAUCCGAUGAACGUUCCACAUCAUUGGUCAUAUCGGGUGAUGAUGAAAGUGGUGUUUGGUUGGUAACCAAUCGCCCACUGGAUCGUGAAGAAACUGCCCACUAUGAUCUGUCCGUGCAAGCCUCCGAUUUGGAGGAUGUUGACAAAACCGUAUCGAAAAUCCAAGUUACCGUGCUCGACGAAAACGACAACCGUCCGGUGUUCAAGGCCCAUGACUAUAAAUUUGCCAUUGCCGGCCAAAAGAAUCCCGAAUUGGAUACGAACAACUCAACCACCUGGAAACGUUUUAGCAUUGUUGGCAAAGUGGAGGCAGUCGAUGCCGAUGGUGAUAAAAUUGCCUAUCGACUAAAACAACCUAGCAAUACGGUCAUCAUAGUUCCUCAAACGGGUGAAAUCAUGUUAGUGGGCCAGCCACCCACCACGGAGUUGCUGCUCGAAGUGGAAGCCCACGAUCUGCGUUAUCCCAGUUUGGUUAGCUCACAACCUGCCAAGGUCUUAAUUGAAUUCCUACAACCGGAACCCGUGUCGUUUAUAAUGCAACAUUUGGAACAUGACGCCAUCAAUGAACAUUCCCAUCAUCGUGAAAAACGUCGUGUCACACGUGCUGUCCGUCCAACAAAACGUAUUGAAUUCACCGAAGCUGAUGGCGAUACGGAGGGCAAGUCGGUAUUCCAGCUGGAAAAGGAAACCGAUAAGGAGACAUUUAAAAUUCGUGAUGAAAAUCCUUGGGUAACGGUGGAGACAAAUGGUGCUGUGCGCGUCAAAAAGAAGUGGGACUAUGAGGAGUUGGGUCCCGAGAAGACAAUUGAUUUUUGGGUUAUCAUCACAAAUACCGGACAUAAUGCUGGUCUUAAAUACACCGAUAAUCAACGUGUCAUCAUCCAUGUCAAGGAUGUCAAUGAUGAACCACCCUAUUUUAUUAAUCGCCCAUUACCCAUGCAGGCGGUAGUACAACUAAAUGCUCCACCAAAUACACCCGUAUUUACUUUGCAAGCUCGUGAUCCUGAUACCGAUCAUAAUAUUCACUAUUUUAUUGUACGUGAUCGUACCGGGGGACGUUUUGAAGUCGACGAACGUUCUGGAGUUGUACGAACACGUGGUACUGAUCUCUUCCAGUUGGAUAUGGAAUAUGUCCUUUAUGUUAAGGCGGAAGAUCAAAAUGGCAAAGUAGAUGAUCGUCGUUUCCAAAGUACACCCGAAGAACGUCUGAGUAUUGUGGGCGGUAAGCGGGCGCCACAAUUUUAUAUGCCAAGUUAUGAGGCGGAGAUUCCCGAAAAUCAGAAAAAGGAUUCAGACAUUAUUUCCGUCAAAGCCAAGUCAUUUGCAGACCGUGAAAUCCGUUACACAUUAAAAGCUCAAGGCCAGGGUGCAGGUACCUUCAACAUUGGUCCCUCAUCGGGUAUUGUUAAACUGGCUAAAGAAUUGGAUUUCGAAGAUUUACGACAGCCUCAUGUCUAUUCGCUGAUUGUAACAGCCACCGAAGAUUCGGGUGGUUUUUCCACAUCUGUUGAGCUCACAAUUCGUGUCACCGAUGUCAAUGAUAAUGCCCCCAAAUUUGAAUUACCCGAUUAUCAGGCCCAUAAUGUUGAUGAAGACAUACCGCUGGGCACAAGUAUAUUACGUGUCAAGGCCAUGGAUUCCGACUCGGGCGCCAAUGCUGAAAUUGAAUAUUUAGUAUCGGAUGAUCACUUCGCAGUCGACACGAAUGGAAUUAUUGUCAACAAUAAGCAGUUGGAUGCCGAUAACAAUAAUGCCUAUUAUGAAUUUUUGGUUACGGCCAAGGAUAAAGGUGAACCCUCCAAAUCGGGUGUGGCCACUGUACGCGUCUAUACGAAAAAUAAGAACGAUGAAGAACCGAAAUUUUCACAACAAGUCUAUACACCGAAUGUGGAUGAAAAUGCCGGACCAAAUACUUUGGUUACCACUGUGGUGGCCUCCGAUAAGGAUGGUGAUAAUGUUCGUUUUGGUUUUGUUGGUGGUGGCACUUCGUCCGGGCAGUUUGUAAUUGAGGAUAUAACGGGUGUAAUACGUUUACAUAAUAAGGCAAUUACUUUGGAUCGCGAUAAGUAUGAGUUGAAUGUUACCGCCAUGGAUGAUGGUUCGUGUUGUGUUAAUGGUGACCAAACGAUUCACACCUCCACCGCCGUGGUUGUGGUCUUCAUCACCGAUGUCAACGAUAAUAAGCCAGUGUUCAAGGAUUGUGCCACAUAUUAUCCCAAAGUGGAAGAAGGUGCUCCCAAUGGCAGUCCGGUUAUAAAGGUGGUGGCCACCGAUGAAGAUAAGGGUGUUAAUGGACAGGUCAAAUACUCAAUUGUGCAACAACCAAAUCAGAAAGGCACUAAAUUUACAGUGGAUGAGGAAACUGGUGAAGUGUCCACAAACAAAGUGUUCGAUCGUGAAGGUGAUGAUGGUAAAUUUGUAUCGGUCACAGUGAAGGCCACCGAUCAGGGUGAACCCAGUUUAGAGGGUGUUUGCUCCUUCACCGUGGAAAUUACCGAUGUCAAUGAUAAUCCACCUCUGUUUGAUCGUCAGAAAUAUGUUGAAAAUGUCAAACAAGAUGCCAGCAUUGGUACCAAUAUCCUACGUGUUUCUGCCUCCGAUGAAGAUGCCGAUAAUAAUGGUGCCAUAGUCUAUAGCCUGAGUGCUCCCUUCAAUCCCAAUGAUUUGGAAUAUUUUGAUAUACAAGCCGAAUCCGGUUGGAUUGUCUUAAAGAAACCGCUUGACCGUGAGCGUUAUCGUUUACGUGUACGCGCCUCAGACCGUGGCGAACCGCCAUCCUAUGCCGAUGUCGAUGUUGAAUUAGAUGUGGUCGAUCGCAAUAAUAAGCCACCGAUUUGGGAUAAAAGUGUUUACGGGCCAAUACAUAUACGUGAAAAUGUCACUGUGGGUACGGUUGUAACAUCGGUUAAGGCCAGUUCGGGUAUUGAAGGAAAUCCAACGGUAUUUUAUCGUUUAAUGCCUGGGUCAACGGCUCAAACGAACAAAUUUCAUACAUUUUAUCUGCAACAAAGACCGGAUAAUGGUGAUACGUGGGCCGAUAUAAAAGUCAAUCAUCCGCUGGACUAUGAAAGUAUAAAGGAAUAUAACUUGACAAUACGUGUUGAGAAUAAUGGCGCCCAACAAUUGGCCUCCGAAGCAACGGUUUACAUUAUGCUCGAAGAUGUUAACGAUGAAAUACCGCUCUUUACGGAACGUGAACAGGAAACCGUACUGGAAGGUGAACCAAUUGGCACUAAAGUGACACAAGUUAAUGCCAUUGAUAAGGAUGGCACAUUUCCAAAUAAUCAGGUCUACUAUUACAUUGUCGACUCGCCACGUAACGAAGGCAAAGAAUUCUUCGAAAUCAAUUUACAAAGUGGUGAAAUUUUCACCAAAACCGUAUUCGAUAGAGAGAAGAAAGGUGCAUAUGCGCUGGAGGUUGAAGCACGUGAUGGUGCUCCCUCGGCACGACCCAACAGCAAUGGACAACCAAAUUCAGGUAGGUGAAA